CCACGUCACGAACCAUCUGAGCCCACAUCUUCUCUUCAAAUUAAUUGUGCAUCACUGCUCCAAUGACCCGCCUAUAAACCUUUUCUGACUCACCUCCCCCUUGAACCUUCUGUCCUGUUGAGAGUUAAAAAACUUCAAAAAGUCCAAAUCACUCGGAGAAAGAUAUAUUCAUUUUUCUCUGCAUCCUCAUUUCCUCUCUCUCUCUUCCUCGUCCCUACGGCGCACGUUAGCCAUGGACUUAAUGCGUCACUCCUCCGCCUUCCUCCUCCCUUCGAUUCCCGACGACGGUCCCCCUCCUACUUACGCCCUCGUCGUCCUCAACCAACGCCUUCCUCGCUUUACUCCUCUCGUAUGGAAGCACGCACAACUGCGGCUCUGUGCGGAUGGAGGAGCGAAUCGUCUGUAUGAUGAAAUGCCUGGGCUCUUGGCUGAUGAAGAUGGAAAUGAUGUCAGAAACAGGUACAAGCCCGAUGCAGUAAAAGGAGACAUGGAUUCAGUCAGAACUGAAGUAUUGGAAUUUUAUUCAAACUUGGGAACCAAGAUUGUAGAUGAAUCUCAUGAUCAGGACACCACAGAUCUGCAUAAGUGUAUAGCAUUUAUUCGGGACUUCACACCAGACCUGGACAAGUCCAAUCUAUGCAUACUUGUUGCUGGAGCACUUGGAGGAAGGUUUGACCACGAGGUUGGAAACAUAAAUGUUCUUUACCGUUUCUCAACCAUGCGAAUAAUCCUUUUGUCUGAUGAUUGCCUCAUCCACCUUCUUCCAAGGACUCACCAUCACGAGAUCCAUAUCCAGUCUUCUGUAGAGGGCCCACAUUGUGGGCUUGUCCCCAUUGGCACACCUUCUGGCAGCACUACAACCACAGGGCUCCAAUGGGAUCUCAAUGACACGGAGAUGAAAUUUGGUGGAUUGGUAAGUACAUCAAACAUUGUGAAAGGAGACAAGAUAACAGUGCAAUCAGAUUCAGAUCUUCUUUGGACGAUAUCGAUUAAAAAGGUGUGAAGGAUACUGCUCUUUGGAUGCCUUUAAUCUGGAUCUAGAUGACGAAGUCUUCCCUGUCGGGGUGAAGCUGCAUAUAUAGUUGUUUUCAUGCCACUAUUGGUCCCAUAUUUUUUCUCAUAGUUAUAUUAGAUGUUUUUAGCUUCUUCUGUACAAUAUUUACUUUCCAUUCAAUUGUAUGUAGUUAAUUCUGUUUCAAUUCCCAAGAGGAACUAGAAAUCUUCCUAUUCUUUUUUA